AUGGAGACUAUAAUUUUCAAGAAAAGGAAGCUAGAAGAGACUUCAAAAGGAGGAGAGGGCAGAAGCACAGACAGCUCUGAAGCCAGCAAUAAGAAGCUAAAAUAUGACCAUCAAGUGCCCCGUGGCCCUGUUUAUUUAAAAGACCCAUGGAACAGCUUUGGCAAGAUAGGGGAAGCCCUGAAAAUGUUCAGUGAAUUUGGAGAAAAUGGAUACCAAUUUAAUAAGAGCAAGGAAGAGAGUUUUACCCCUGUAAAUUUCCUGGAUAAACAACCAAACAUCAGUGAGACCUCCUGGAGCGCAGUGACCACCCAGAUGAUUAAUGUGCACAGGAAGUAUGGAUUUGACUUCGAGACCCUCUGCCUAAGUAUCAACAUGCUGCAAAGAUACCUGGAUUGCACCCCUAUAGAAAUUGCUAUCUUAAAGGCAGUUGGCGCUACCUGUCUCUAUGUGGCCUGCAAAGUAGUUGAGAAACAUCAUCCCAAAAAACGAAAAUUUCUAAAGGCAUUUACUAACACCGGCCUAACACCCACAUUAUUGUAUGGCCUAGAGAAACUAAUUCUGAAGAAGCUACAUUGUCGUCUGUGGGCUCCAACCAUCAACUCUUUCCUUGAAUAUUAUUCUCUUCAGAGAAUGUCAAGGAAUAAGAAUUCCCAUGCCCACCUCACCAGGGAAGUAAAGACCCUUCUAGCUGCUAAAGCAGUCGCUGCAUUGAGCAUGACCAGCUAUAAAGCUCAAGCCCACAAACCAUCCAUUAUGGCUCAGAGCUGCCUAAAAGCAGCAGACCUACUAAUGCAGGAGGGCAUAGAGAAGGCUGCCCCUUUAACAUCUUUAGAAAAGGGCUUCUUGUACCAACUGAUGCCAGCUGUGUUUAAGAGACCUACCCCGCAGCAAAAAGAAAGGGAGUAG